ACCCCCUCCCCCGGGUCUAAAAAAAUCCAGAGCCUUCCCCCAUCCCACCCACCAUCCCAAUCCGACCAAACCCUAGGAAAUCUGCCGGCCAUGGCGAUGUCGGAUCUCGCGGCCGCGGUGAUCUCCAAGGCCAACGGAGGCGUGGACGGCGAGGAGCCGGUGGAGAUCCGGGAGGUGUGGGCGGACAACCUGGAGGCGGAGUUCGCGCUGAUCCGCGACGUCGUCGACGAGUUCCCCUUCGUCGCCAUGGACACCGAGUUCCCGGGCAUCGUCUGCCGCCCCGUCGGCGCCUUCCGCUCCCCGGCCGACUACAACUACGCCACCCUCAAGGCCAACGUCGACAUGCUGCACCUCAUCCAGCUGGGGCUCACCUUCUCGGGCCCCACGGGCGAGCUCCCUGCCCUCGGCGCCGGACGCCGCCGAUGCGUCUGGCAGUUCAACUUCCGGGAGUUCGACGACGAGCGCGACAUCUUCGCCACCGACUCCAUCGAGCUGCUCCGCCACAGCGGCAUCGACUUCCGCCGCAACGCCGAGCGCGGCGUCGACGCCCGCCGAUUUGCGGAGCUGCUCAUGUCCUCGGGCGUUGUGCUCAAUGACGCCGUCUACUGGGUGACCUUCCACGCGGGAUACGACUUCGGCUACCUGCUCAAAAUCCUCACCUGUAACAGCCUCCCAGACACACAGGCUGGGUUCUUCAAGCUGAUGAAGAUAUAUUUCCCCACCGUCUAUGACAUCAAGCAUCUCAUGAAGUUCUGCAACAGCCUGCACGGCGGGCUGAACAAGCUCGCCGAGUUGCUCGAUGUGGAGCGUGUUGGAGAGUCACAUCAGGCCGGGUCCGAUAGCCUGGUCACGUCUUGUGCGUUCUGGAAACUCAAGGAUUCCUUCUUUGCUGGAUCAACCGAGAAAUAUGCAGGCGUGCUGUAUGGGCUCAAUGCAGAGAAUGGUGUCAGUGCACAUUGAUGGAUGAUGCUCCCUUCGAAUAGCUCUGUGAAUGGGUUGAUUUAGGACAGAAAGAGGUGGCGAGUGAGCUAGCAGGCAAAAUGAUGCCAACUUUGUAGUGUGUCUUUUGGAGGUAGACGGCAGGACUGGUGGCUUUGCAUAAUUGAGGGGUUCUAGCAGAUGAUCUCCUGGAAGAAAACUAGGCUUAGCUCAAAUCAGUUCCAUCCAAACUUUAUAUAUUGUUAAGGUAUGCCCGACACGUACUUGUCUAGCAUGUCAUUCUUGAAGCGGGUGCAGUUCUGGCGUUAUACUUAUUUUGCCAAUCUGUGCAUAUUUUUUACUGAGGGAGGCUACAUUGUGUUAGUGUAUCAAAAUGAACCCCUCCAUGUCAUCGUUAUCACCAAGGUGCCAGCAGCAACCAUCUCCAACAACGAGGUGAUUGCUUUUUCAACUGUGUAAUGCUUGUGAAGUAGCAAUGUAUGUAGUGUGGUUUUCUAAGGAUGGCUGGAAGACAUUUCUAUUACUGAUCUCUACAUAGAUAUCUCUAUCCAGCAAGCGGAAACAUGUCUGGUUUAACUUUCUAGCCAUCUUUUGCCAGUCAUGAUUGGAUCGACAAAAUAUUUUCUAAGGAUGACUGGAAGACAUUUCUAUUACUGAUCUUUACAUAGAUAUCUCUAUCCAGCAAGCGGAAACAUGUCUGGUUUAACUUUCUAGCCGUCUUUUGCCAGUCAUGAUUGCAUCGACAAAAUAUUGUCCAAUUCCCAUUCCAUCCAACCUCCGAUUCCCAUUUCGUCCCUUUGCUGAUUCCUCAUGAUGGCACGAGAGAGCGUGACCUAUGGGUCAGUCGCACCAGAUGAUAAUGAUGGUCGCCGUAGCUAGUCCACCUGUUGCAGGUUGUGAUCCUGGUGGUCCAUCGGUAGUUCCUGGUGUCUUCUAUGCCUAUGCCUAUCAAAUUCGUAUCCCUACUGCACAGAGACACAACAAAUAAUUCAUAAAAUGGAACUGCAUAAUUCCAAGCCUCCAAGGUAGACAAGUAAAAUGAGAAAUAUACUAGUACUACUCAUCCUUUCCUUGCGUCUUGCUCCUUAUAAAGGCUUGGGUAGUAGGCAGUGACAUGAAGUCUUUCAUCAUCCGGUAGGUCAAUAGAUAAGAAUCCAUCGGUUAUGAGCUUGGUCCUCUGGUAGGUUAGGGCUACAACAGCUUUAUCAUUCCCUCGAACAAGAUGAAUUUGCUCAUGUCGUUGUUUGCGUUUAAUCAAAGAAAAUUGAAGGGGACAACAUCUUCUCAAUUGUACAUUUAGCCCUUUUCACAUGACUCAUUUACAUGCUCUGGGCUUUUGGCACAUGAUCUAUUGCGUGAAAGAAUUAAGCUUAGCUUAAUCAGUUUGCUUUUAAGCUUUAGGUAUCAAUAAAGGACAGACCCAGUGCAUAGAAGCUCCCACACAAGGUGGGGUCUGGGGAGGGAUUAAGCUUUAGAUAUCAAUAUUAGACCAUUUUUUCUAAUACACUUCCACUCGUUGUAUUAAUUGUGAGCAUAGUUGGUUUAAUUUUUUAAUAGGUUUGUCCUUUGUCAGUUUAUAAACGAGCUAGUAUAAUAGAAGUCUGUAAAGAGAGCUUACAAAGUUCAUAAGUAUAUAUGUCCUGAGCUAUUGCUUCUGAUGCUAAUAAACUUAAUAACUGAAUAAGUAGGAGAGUUUUCUCACUGCAAUUUACAUCCUUUGCUGCGAAAUCUAAACAGGUUCAGCGCAAUGUUAUUGCUUCUGCAUCCUACUAGUCAUUUUGAUUUGCAACCUAGUAGAAUAUUAGACGGUUGGUACUUACAGGCUCUUAUUAUGGCUGGGUUAUGGCCAGUUGCUUUAAUGUAUCUUUUGGAGAUAAAAUGACAGAUCAUUCAGCACUGAUGGCUUUGCAUAAUUAAAGGUAAUGGAGGGCUGUAAUUUGCCUGCGUUGUUGCGUUCAUUCAAAGAAAAAUGUGAGGCAGUAUAUUCUCGAUUCUUCAUUAAGCCCCUUCCCUUAUUCAUUUACAUGUUCUAGCAGACAUGACAAUCUCAUGGAGAGAACUAGGCUUAGCUCACAUCAGUUUGCAUCCAAGCUUUGGAUAUAUCAAGGCUUGCUUGGCACUGUACUUGUCUAGCGGGUCAUUCUCAAUAAAAAAAGUGGGUGCAACUUUGGUGCUCUACUCAUCUUGCCAAUUUGUGCGCAUGAUUUCACUUACAAUGCAGUUUCAUUGGUUCAACAGGACUAUCAUUGCAUUACUCUGACCGUGGCAAUGCUCAUCGCCAGCAGUAAGGCCUACCAUCUGUAGCGACAGCUUGGUUUUCAACAUGUGUAACACUUAGUGCAGUUGUAAGAUGUGUAGUGUGAAUGCUAAGGAUGACGUUUCUGCGACUGAUAUUUAUGUAAGAUGUGCGAAAUCUCUAAUCCUUGCAUAGUAUUGUAUCAGAAAUUAUGAUUUGGCAAAGUUCAGCAAUCCACAGUUGCUAGCACCA